AUGGCCGAUGCAGCGUCUGCUUUCAAGCAGGCAUUCUCACGCCGGAGCAUCGUUUUCCUAAUCGGCCUGUUCAUAUGCUCCACUCUUGCGGAGCGGGACGGUGCGGAUCGCCAGUGUCCCGACUACGUCACCCGGCACGGCCGAGCAGCACCUCUUCUAUGGUUGCAUUCAGAUGAUCGAUACAUGCCCAGCGAUCUUCUCACCCACAUCCACCACACAUCGCCAGAGCUGGAUGGAAAGCAAGUGCCUGAUACACCACCACUAGAUCUGGAUAAUCUGGAGGUUCUCAACAAGUUCGAUGAAGUAGCUCUCACGUCUAAAGAUGAUCCUACCACGUUCCCAGCAUGGCUUUUUGGUGCGACCCCGGAUACGGAUGGCAGGAUCCAUAACGCCACGCCCUGCGUUGUGAUCCUGGUCGAGAAGAACGAACGCGAGAUGGACGCUUUCUACUUUUACUUUUACUCUUAUAAUGAAGGACCCAACAUUACACAGGUCUUGGAACCGUUCAACCGGAUGGUCAAAGGCGAAAAGGCAGCAUCCGGUAUGCACUUUGGUGAUCACAUUGGCGACUGGUUCGUCCCCCUACAGCUGAACUUCCGUCAUCGCUUCAUUACUGACACAGAUGUUUGA